AUGGCUAAGCUCAUUUUCUUCCUUGCCGUCCAAAUCUUCCUCCUCGCCGCCGUUUCUUCCGCCGGAGACGACGGCGAAAACGUUUUCAGAACCAUAGAUCGGAAACUUCUUGGUCUCCACAAGAAAGAGAAACUAACACAUUUCAAAGUCUAUUGGCACGACAUGGUAAGUGGUCCAAACCCAACUAGAGAAUAUAGUUGUUAUGUUUUGCAUUAUUGA